AUGUCAGCUACUCUAUUCGACGAUUUAUUCACCAUCCAGGAGGUAAGCAAGGGUAGUUACAACAAAGUCUCCCGUAUUGAGGCUAUCUCUACAUCACAGGAAUCUUGUAAAUUGACGUUGGAUGUUAACACUGAGCUAUUCCCUUUGAAGCCUCAACAACAGCUUACUGUUAUGCUUGCGACUACUUUGAAUCUGGAUAAUACAAAGGAGGCGCAAAACUCUUGGAGGGCACCUGCUCCAGGUACGCGUUCGCUUGCAGAUGACUUCGAUUACGUGAUGUACGGUACUGCCUACAAGUUUGAGGAAGCCAAUGGUAACAAAGAUAUCUUGGCAGUUUACUAUUCAUUCGGUGGGCUUUUGAUGCGUUUGGAAGGUAACUAUAGGCUGUUGACUAACUUCAAACAGGAGAACGUCUAUUUGUUAUGCCGUGCCGACCAUUGA